ACAAGCAAUCACAAAUGCAAUCAAAGUUCAUAACAGUAACGGUGGAGGGGACAACCGAACGCAAGAUAAUCUCCUAUGAACGCGAUAGAGUUGAGAACAGUCAUAAUUAUCGUAAGCCCUCUUCCGAGUCUGAUCGUAAGCUCUAUAAUAAGCAAUUACAGAUAAUUACAAAUACAAUGGAGGCAUCUGCCGCAAGUAAAUGCCGCGGCCAGCAGCUGCAGCAUCAGUCACAGAUCAGGACUGAAUUCCAACGCUAUAGCGAGAACGAUGAGUUCUCAUUGGCCAUGUGUGAUGCAUACUCCAGCGAGGAGUUCAACAAUAAUCGUGCUCUUAUCUAAAUUUAGAAUUACCAUACAUUCAGACACUUUUGACAAUUAAACAAAAAAAUCAACCAAAGCUAGACAUUUAACAAAACGAAUAACAAUCAGAUCAUAAAAAUUAUGCUCAGUAAAAUUAAAAACCAAAGUAAAAACAAAGCAUUCGAAUAACAAUUUUGCUAGUCAAUAGGCUAAUAAGAAAUACACAUUAUUAUUAUUAAUAUAAUAUACAAACAUAAAAUAUAACGAAUGAAAUUAACUUGUAACUUUAAAGAAAUCUGUAUUUUGGCUGUGAAACAGAUUUAGUGUUCGCUAGAGUUAUAUACUAAAGUUGCCGGUCAACCCGAAGCAAAUCCAUUAUU